AGCUGAGGAGAUGGGGGCACGGCCAGGAUAACCACCUUUCGGCGUUUCCCUCCCGUGCGGGCCUGAGGGCACCGAGGGGAGGUGGCGUUGCCAGCUGCCUGUUCCCUUGCCCGGGUGACAGCGCUUCACCGUUUCCCUUCAGCGCGGUCCCUGGCGCCAGGAGAUGGAGACUCGACUUGGUCACGGAGUGUAGCAGCGCUAAAAUAGGCACAUCGGGAGCGUUUAAGGCGAUGAGCUCGCUAGAGGGCACCAGGCACUGAUGGAAAUCUCGGCGAGGCUUCAGGGCUGUUGAAAGGCAACGCUCUUUGGAGGCUGGCGGUGGGGAGCACCUGGACUGCCGUGUGAUUGCCGGGCUGGGUGAUGCUGUGAGCACAUGAAUAGUGUGAGAAGACUCUUGGCUGCCUCUGUAAUUUCCGUCCAGAACUCCUGCUUCAUCUAUCCUGCCUGUCAAAAAUGCUUUUCUAGGCUGAUACUGGAUUCUAGGAGGUUUAACUGUCUAAAAUGUGGCUGCACAGGUGAAGCUAAAGAUGCAAGCUACAGAUAUAGAUUGUCCCUAAAGAUUGCUGACACUAAUGAUUUGUUUGACAUUACCGUGUUUGGAAGUUGCUUAGAUCCAUUCUUUGGGGUCACUGCAGGAAAUCUGCAGAGGUGUAUUCAAGACUUCAAUCAGCUGUCAGGAGAAACAAACACAGAUGCAUCUCCAGGAGCAUUAGUUCAAGCAGUGGAAACCUGUUUCAUUGGAAAAAGAUUUAUAUUUGGAGUGAAGAGUCAUGCAAGUGAAGAUGGAGGGCGUUCUGCUGUCAGCAGCAUCUUGCAAAACUGUUCCAGAAUUAAUAGAAGUACAAAAAACCUUACAGCUUGCCAGAUCUUCCUGCCAAAUGCUGCUGUUACUGGCUUUACGGUUAUCAGCUACUUCCAUCGGCUCCUGCAGUCAGCAAAAUUCAGGAGCUGUAAUAACAGCUCAUGCUUACCUGAUGCAUCUUCAGCUCCAGUAGAUGAACCUGUCAGUGAGCUCAGCAGCUUGUCUAGCCUGAGCAGAAACUCCUGGUUUGUUCAGUCUACUGGCAGAGAAAGUUUCUUAGGGUCCUGGCAGCAGUCCUUCAGCCUGACUUCAUCUGUUGCUUGGGUAACAGCGGAAGACUUUCCCACUCUGGAAGUGGGAAAGCUGGUGAGUGAACAGCAUGAACAAGAGGGGAGGCCUGUCUCUGCAGAAUCGUGCAGUGUAAGCCUCAACAAUCAAACUCUUUGGGAUUCACAGUUUUGCAGCUCUUCUGUGAAGGAAGGGAAUAAGGAGGAGGAUAAUGACUGGAGUUCACAGCCUAGUCAGACUGACAGUAUCUCUGCAACUGAUAAAUUAGAGAGAGUAUCCUCUUCAAAGACUGAGUGUUUACAUGGAAACAGUUCCAGGUUAUUACAACAUCCCUUGGAAUUUGAGGUAAAAAGCAUUUACCCGAAGACUAAUACUAGAAAUUAUUCUUACCCCGAAAAAUCCCACAACUCCCUUUUUUACAAGAGAGAUGCCUCAGCAUCUAAUCAUGUAAAUGUAGCUGCAGUGUCUCAGAUGGACUCUAUGCUUUGGGAUGAGCUCCCAUUCUCAGAAAGCCUAAAUGAAUUUUUAGCCAGAAUAGAAGAUGUUAAGAGUGUUGUAACAUCACCCAGCCUUGAUGCAGGCAAACAUGCCCUUCUUGAAAGUAGCAAGUUGGGUGUAAAUCUUAACAAAUCGUAUCCCAGGCAAACCCUAGUAGCUGGUGAUUUGCCUGAAGCGAGCGUCUCAAGGAGGUUCUUACCACCAGCAAAGAAUGAUAGCUGGGAGAACAUAUUGUUUGCUUGUCUUCAGUCGAAUGCAAAUCCUCCGAGUGAUGAGGUGUCACAAUGUGAGUCUUCUUCUGUGUUUUAUCUUCAACUGACAAGGAAUGUGGAGCAUCUUGCUUUAUACCUGACCCUCAUCUACCUAUUCUGUCACAGUCCUUGCCAGUUACAUCAGAGCCUUCUGUUUCCGAGAGCAGAUAUGUGCAGUCCAAAGAAGCAAAUGUUGACAUUUUGAAGUCAGCUUGGUCCUUUAUUAGUCUGCAGUGCAGUGCUGAACAUGGAGAAACCUCCUGUU